GUCAUAUGACUUGUGGUUCCGCAGAAUUGGGUACAGUCAUUUACAGUUGUCAACAACAGUCCAAGUUUCCGUCCCGAGGUUUAAACCGUGUUCGGGAGGUUCUCACACGGAAUAUGUCAGCCUCAUAAACCUGUUUAGGAUUUCAGCUCACCGUCUUCUUAGGAUAACCAAUGUCAGAUGUCCGUUGCCAUGUCUAGUCUGGAGAGCCUGCGGUCCUCUGUGUUUACCUUUGAGUCCUCCGUGCACAGCUGCCAUGUGCUGCGUUGUCUGGACGACCAGCGGAGGCGUGACCUGCUGUGUGACAUCACUGUACUGGCCGAAGGGAGGAGUUUCAGGGCCCACCGUUCUGUGCUGGCCUCCUGCAGCGACUACUUCACACACAGGGUCUCCUCCCACGCACCACAGGGACUUGUCGUCACCCUGCCUCAGGAGGUGACGGUGAGUGGCUUGGAGCCCCUGCUGCAGUUUGCUUACACCUCCAAGCUGCUCUUCAGUAAAGAUAAUGUCAUGGAGAUACGACACUGUGCCUCUAUUCUGGGUUUCAGGGAUCUGGACUCGGCCUGUUUUGACUUCCUCCUGCCCAAGUUCUUCAGCAGCAGUUCGGCCACCUUCCAGAGGAAGACCUGCUGUAAGACACGGUGCAGGAGACAGUCCCCCGGGCUUAGCGACAUCGACACGAACAAGGAUGUCUUAGAUGAUGACAAAGGGGUCCGGGUGGUUUCUGAUUCGCCCGCUGAACAGGAUGUGGGUGGCCAACCAGCAAAUGACGAGACGGGACGUGAAAACAAAAAUCUCACCCAUCCUCCUGAAGCCGAUAUCCAAUCAGACGGCCAGACUGACUACUCCCUACAAUGCCCCAAGUACCGAAAGUUCCAGCAGGCUUGUGGGAAGGUGAGGCCGUGUGUGGAGAUCUGUGUCCCAGAAACAAACCAUGACUCCCCAGUGGUGAGAGAGGAGGGCUGCCCUCUACCCCUGCACCUUCCCAAGUCCUUGCGACCCUGCUCCAGUGGGGGAGGAUUUAGGGAAGGUCCUGCGGUGGAGACGUCUUCUGGAGAAAACUAUUCACUUCUCUCACAGACACAGACUGACCAGGCAGGACAGGGAGAGGUGGAGCAGAAGACUGGAGAAGAGGAUGAUGAGGAGAAGAGAGAGAUGAAUGAGGGGGAGAGAAAGAUGGAUGAGAGAAGGAGAGUGUCUAGUGGUCGGCUUGUCAGCUGUGAAGAGAGCCCAGGGUUGGGUACAGCACCACACCGAUGUCCCCUGCAGGCACCCGGGCUGGACAAGCAGAGCCCUGGAGCUCCCUCUUCUCCUCCCCUCCUCCAGGACUUCCCUGGGACUGAGUCUGGGAACCUCCGGAGCAGCAGCUCCACCUUGAACUGGCUUCACCAGCUUGACAUCAGCUCCAGUACCGGGGACUGUCCCUUCCUCCACGGCUUGGACAGGGAGACAGACGGAGGGACGGACAGAGGGACAGGGGAGGGGACGGACAGUGGGACAAUGAGCGCGACUGGGCUGGGGUGCGAGGGGUCGUCCCAGUUAGAGAAGAGUCCCUGUGUGUCCUCCCUGACAUCUGGAGACGAUGGAGACUCCGACUGCUUCGAUACGGAGGGAGACAGCGAGUCCUGUUCCUACAGCCAGAGAGUCAAAGAGGUGCAGCUGCCGUUCUCUGUGGGUCGCAUCGUGGGGUUGAGCAGGAAUGACUUCCAGCUGAUGCUCAGGCACCAGACUCUGACCAGAGAACAGCUGGACUUCGUCCACGACGUCAGACGCAGGAGUAAGAACCGUAUCGCAGCGCAGCGCUGUCGCAAGAGGAAGCUGGACUGUAUACACAAUCUGGAGUGUGAGAUAGACAAACUGAGGACAGAGAAGAACCAGCUGAUAUCAGAGAGGAGCCAUCUGAACCAGAUGAAGCUGAAUACUUGGCACAGUAUGUCCGCUCUUUGUCAGAGGGUCUGCAGCGAGGCCGCCCUGAGACCAGAACAACUCCAGGUCCUAGCCAAGUACACCUCCCCAGACUGCCCGCUCUCUGCUCUCAUCUCCCCUACAGACCCAACCUCCCCUGGGCUAGGAGGACUACUACAAUCCCAGGCCUCUCCCUAGGCCUGCUCCUCCUCAGGCCUAGCAUCAGAUACCUGUCAGAACCCUUCAGGAACCUUUGGAACCCUCGGCCAGCUGCUCCAGGGACACACCCACAGGGGAGGAGCUCUCAGGUGAUUGAACAAGCCCUCAGGUAUAUACAGCUGUGUGAUCAGUUGACUGGAUUGCCCUGCCCACGGAUGAGUGUGAGUCUGGACACCUUCAUCAUCAUCACCAUUUCAUAGACUUUCUUCUACAGGCAAAGACACUGUGGUUGUGUUCCAAUAAUCUCUCCUUCCUCAGAGGUGCGCUCGGUUACUCACUAAAGCAUCAGAUUGGUGUAGGCACUGAGCAGGGAUGAAUGAAACAGGAGAGUAUUUUCCCACGGUUGACACGGUUACAUACAAGCUGACAGUAUUUCAACCACAUGAAAAUAUGCAUGCAAGAUGAACUGAAAUCUACCACCAGAGAUAAAGUGUGUGUGUGUGUGUGUGUGUGUGUGUAUACAGUACCAGUUUUGAGCUGCUCUUGCCAUAAUAUGGACUUGAUCUUUUACCAAAUAGAGCUAUCUUCUGUCUACCAUCCUUGUCACAACCCAAAUGAUUGGCUCAAACACAUUAAGGAAAGAAAUUCCACAAACUAACUUUUACCGAGGCACACCUGAUAAUUUAAAUGCAUUCCAGGUGACUACCUCAAAGCUGGUUGAGAGAAUACCAAGAGUGUUCAAAGCUGUCAUCAAGGCAAAGGGUGGCUACUAUGAAGAAUCUAAAAUCUAAAA